AUGACAAUUGAAAAUGCUUGUGACCUGCGACUUAAAACAAAGUCAGGCAAACCAUUGAAAAUUGGAACUGGUACUGGCACUAAGUGGAAAUGGUUGAAAUUCGAUAGAUCAGAUGGUCAGGAUGGUCAAUUGACUGAAGAAUUGGUUGAUCAAAUUGUUUUAUCAUUACAAUAUGGUUAUAGACAUAUCGAUACUGCUGAAGUUUACACUACACAUCCAGAAAUCGGUGCUGCUGUAAAGCGAUGCAAAGUCAAUAGAGAUGAUAUAUUCAUUACAAGCAAGUUUAAUGGUGGGAUAGAUGAAGCUCCUAGAACAUCUGAGAACCCAAUAGAUGCUUUAGAAAAGGCUUUAGAGGAAUUGGACACUGAUUAUAUUGAUUUGUUCUUGAUUCAUCAACCAUUUUUUGACGAAAGAGAAGACGAUCUAACGAUCGAAGACGUAUGGAAACAAAUGGUCGAACUUAAGAGAAAGGGCAAGGCAAGAUAUAUUGGUGUUUCCAAUUUCGCGGUUCCUCAUAUGAAAAAGAUAUUUGGUGCCUUCAAUUCUGAAGAUCGUCCUGUAGUAAACCAAAUAGAGUUUCACCCAUAUCUACAAGAACAAAGUCCCGGGAUCAUUGAAUUUUGUAAAGAGAAUAAUAUUUUAAUUGAAGCGUAUGCGCCAUUGGCUCCUUUAUUUAGAGUAACUAAGAAUGGGAACGAAAUUAAAGACCACCCUUUACCAAAGGUAUUAGACUCCAUGGUUCAGAAAUACAGAAAAACGGAUGCUCAGAUUUUACUUAGAUACUGCUUAGAGAAGGAUGUUGUCCCUAUUACUACUUCAUCGAAACCGAGUAGAAUUAACGAAAGUCUCGCCGUUUACGAGUUCAAGCUAGAUCCUGAAGAUGUCUCUACUUUGGAUUCGGUCGGCUCUGAAUUUCCAUUCAGGGCAUUUUUUGAACAUUCUUAUGAUCAUUUGUACAACUGA